UUUAUUUUUUUCUUUGAAAAAAUAAUAAUUUUAAAAUGGACUCUAGUGCAGAAGUAAAGACACCACCUUCUCGACAUUACUUUUACCGAAAAGCGACGCAGCAACAACAACCUACAUCACCAAAUGUUAUAGUUGAUGGCUUAGAAAGUGCCAACGCCUUUGAAAAUCGGAUCCAUGAGUUUAUCAAUAAGGACGCGUUACCAUCGUCCAUUCAUAAAUUGCGACAAGAUGCCACGACUGAUCUGAAUCGUCGUAAAGCAGAUCGAAAAGCUCGAAAAGAAAAGGAAAAUAAUACUACUGUGGUUGAGCACACUACACCGCCUGUGUAUGACGUCUUGUUUGAAAAACUGUCUUCGCUUUCGACCUCUGAACAAAAUGCGUGGUUAGCGAAUAUUCAUGACGAAGCCAUGUUGAUGAAUCCUCAUCAAUGGCUUAAACUAGCCAACCUUUUUAACGUGAAUUCAAAAGCAUCUCGUCAACAAUCCUUAUUAAAUCUCGAAUCGCUUGAUGAUGUUUUAAAAGAUCGAAGUAUUACGAAAGAGGAGAUCAAACCACUCGAAGGCUUUUUGGAAUUACGUGAUAUCCAAAACAGAAAUUAUGCAAGAGAUGCUGUGGCAGAAGGUGUGAAAUUGAUCAAGCAAGAUAGAAUUAAAGAAGCCAUGGAAUAUUAUAAAAGGGCACUUGACAUGGAUCCCAAGUAUGCAGAAGGGUGGUUCCAUGUUGCUGAAGGGCUUGUCCAGCAAAGAAAAUUAACAGAAGCUGAGCAACAUCUUGAACGUGUUCUCCGACUUGAUCCAACCCACGAAGGCGCUAAAGCUUUGUUGGCCAGUAUACGUCGCAGCAUUAAACCCAAAAAAGUCCAAAAGGGUGAUGAAUGGGAUAUUGUGGACGAGCAAGGAAAAUCGCUUAAUGAGCAAGAGAAGGUUGUAAAACCUAAGAAAAGAGCUGACGAUGAUAACAUUGAAGUUGAGGACGACGACAGCAAGAAGAAAAAAUCAGAUUCAAGGUCUUAUCGUAGACGUCGUGACUCUCGAAGCCCAGAACGUAGUAGUAAAAAGAGAGAAAGUCGCCGAAGAUCUUCCAGAAGCCCUACCCAUAAAGCCUCAAGAAGCCCUACCCAUAGUAGACGUCGUAGAAGCCCAAGUCCUGUACGUAGACAUCGUAGAGAUGAAAAGAAGGACGAAAAAACAACAGACAAAAAGUCGUCUUACCGUGAAGAAGACCGAAAAGUGAGAGAUGCGGACGAGGAUAGAAGGCCUAGAAAGACAGUGGAUGAAGAUCAUAGAAAAAAAGAUAGAAAGUACAGAGAUGAUGAUAGAAAGAGUGACAGAAAGUCAAGGGACGAUCGAAAGUACAAAGAUGACGAUACAAAGACAGAAGAUGAUAAUAGAAGGGGUAAAGAGGAUGAACGAAAGACAAGGGACCGUUACGACGUAAAGAAAAGAAGAACCGAUGAUACAAGCAGAAAGAGUAAGGAUUAUCGUGAUGAUGACAGAAAGAAUAGAGAUCACCGUGAUGAUGAUAGAAGGAGCAGACAUUACGAAGGCGAUAGAAAGUCCAAAUAUAGCGACUAUGACAGAAAGAGCAGAUAUCACGAGAGUGAUAGUAAAAAGAGCAAAGACUUAGAGAAGCCAAGCAGCAGAGAAUCAACCAAGAAGGAUACCACAGAUAAGCCAAGCAGCAAAGAAGUAAAAUCUGAUGUAAAGAAGGAUACCACGGAUAAGCCAAGCAGCAAAGAAGUAAAAUCUGAUGUAAAGAAGGAUAUCACAGAUAAGCCAAGCAGCAAAGAACCAAGCAGGAUAUUGGCAAAGAAGCUAGAAAGCAUGAUAUUGGUAGGGAUACUAGUAAGCAUGAUGUUGUAAAGAAGGAUACCACAGUUAAAGAUGCGGAUAAAACAAACGCUAAAGAAGUCAAGAAGAUUGAAAUUACAAGAAAAGAUACCACCACCAUAAAGAAAUUGGAUACUGUAAAGAGAGAUACCUCUGCCACUGCUGCCGCUGCUUUUGCUGCCAUAGCCGCUGCAGUAAGAGAAAACGGGUCCCUUAAUAAUAAAUUACAAAGUUCGGGCAGAAGAAUGUCGGCCUCCCCUCCAAAGGAGGAGAGCCGAAAAAAGAGAAACUUCUAAAAUAAAAAUUUAUUUUUCAUUUUACACAGAUCAUUCCAUCUUCCAGUAAAUUGGUCUGAUGUAAAACUGCCUUUAAAACGUCGUAUUAAUUGGUGUCA